AUGUCUUCCGGCUACACUCUUUACAAUUAUACCCCAUCGGUAGCAGCCGCGGCCGUAUUUGUCAUUAUUUUUAUCAUUGCCACCGGUGGUCAUAUGUUCCUCGCUAUCAAGAAUAGGCAGAAAUUCUUGAUAGCUUUUAUCGUUGGAGGAUUUUUUGAGGCUAUUGGUUAUGUGGCCCGUGCAAUCAGUGCAAACGAAUCACCAAAUUACUCGGUUAUGCCGUACGCGCUGCAAAGUCUUUUUAUUCUUCUCGCUCCCUCUUUAUUCGCGGCAUCAAUUUACAUGAUCCUUGGUCGUAUCAUUCGCCUAGUCGAUGGUGAUUGCAAUUCUAUUAUUCGUGCCACUCGAUUGACCAAGAUCUUUGUUUGUGGUGAUGUUCUGUCAUUUUUAAUUCAAAGUGGAGGUGGUGCAAUGCUGUCUAUUGCUAAGACCUCAAGUAGCCUACAACUAGGUGAAGAUGUGAUCGUUGCCGGCUUAAUCGUUCAAAUCAUAUUUUUCGGCUUCUUUAUUAUCGUCUCGGUCAUCUUCCACAAGCGCAUGAAUGAACGUCCGACCGCAACCUCGCUCAGCUCUGCAGCCCAAUGGGAAAGAUACAUGUAUGUGCUUUAUGCCGCUAGCACGAUGAUCAUGGUUCGUUGCAUCUAUCGCGUUAUCGAAUACAUCCAGGGAUCGACAGGUACUCUACAGAGUCAUGAGUACUUUGCGUAUAUCUUUGACGCUACGCUUAUGUUCCUGGUGAUGGUGAUUUUCAUCAUUUUCCACCCUAGUCAGAUUCUGAAGAGAGGAGGAAAGCAAUUAGAUGAGACGGAGCUCAUUUAUGGCCGAUUGGGCUAG